GUGGCGGAGAUUGGGUGAUUGGCAGCUACGCGCCGGGAGAGCCAAGCUGGAAGCGCAGAGUGCGUGAAGAAAGCGCCUGCUGCCCGGCGGCCGAGUGUGCUUUAUGGACCAUGUGCUGCUAUGUAUGCCUGAAGUACUUGAAAUGCAAAAUUGGAGACAUCUUGCUAUCUAAAUGCUUGACUGGAUUAAGCGCCUAAUUAGGAUGAUUUUCCAACAGGCUGGAGUAAGCAUGCAUUCGGUACUUUGGUCUGGGAAGCCAUACGGUUCAUCUCGAAGUAUUGUAAGGAAGAUUGGUACUAAUUUAUCUCUGAUUCAGUGUCCAAGAAUUCAGUUUCAGCUUACCAGCCCUACGACAGGACGGAGCCCCAGCCACCCAGGAGAGGACGCAGUGGUGUCUUUUGCUGAUAUUGGAUGGGUAGCCGAAGAAGAAGGAGAGUGUUCAAUGAGACAAAGGACAGAGGUGAGGUCAGGGCAGCCCCUUCAGGAUGACCUUCCUUUCUUUGAGAAGCCCCCAAGCAGGCAGCUUUCCCUACCAAACCUGUCUCCGGAAGAGCCUCAACUGAAGACUUCAAAUCUGGCAAAUGAGGAAGCGCUGCAGAAGAUCUGUGCUCUUGAAAAUGAACUUGCUGCUCUCCGAGCCCAGAUUGCCAAAAUAGUGACCCUGCAAGAGCAGCAAAAUCUCACUGCAGGUGAUCUAGAUUCUGCCACUUCUGUUACUACAGCAACAUCUUCUAUCCCACCACCACCACCUCCUCCUCCUCCUCUCCCUCCUCCAUCAGGACUCCCCCAAAGUAUAUCUGCUAUUGACUUGAUUAAAGAGCGAAGAGAGAAAAAAGCCAAUGUUGGAAAGACUUUGAUUAAAAACAGUCCAAAGAAACAUGAUAUGCCAAAUAUGCUGGAGAUCCUUAAAGAUAUGAACAGUGUAAAACUUCGCUCAGUAAAAAGAUCAGAACAAGAUGUAAAGCCCAAAGCAGUGGAUGCUACCGACCCCGCUGCCCUCAUAGCAGAGGCUCUGAAAAAGAAAUUUGCUUAUCGAUAUCGAAGUGAUAGCCAAGGUGAACUUGAAAAAGGAAUUCCAAAGCCGGAGUCAGAGUCUGCCCCAGAAACAGUGUUGUUUGGGCCACACAUGUUGAAGUCUACAGGAAAAAUGAAGGCUUUAAUUGAAAAUGGUUCGGAUUCCUAAUGGACAAUAAUGAGCUGAGAAAGACUUCCCCCGUUCAGCUGUUGGUUUGUCAGGGGUCAGUUUGGCUAGUAGAAGUGAACACUAUUUAAUAAAUACCUGCCUUUAAUAUUCAGUGUAUCCUUUUAAAUCUAAUUAGAGGAUGGAGCAAUAACAGCACUCUUAAGUUGUUUUUGCUUUUAUGAGGUCAGUUCUAAAGUUUCUAUAACGUGUAUUCUGACAUGUUUUUAAUGUCUAGCCAGGAUGCUUAGGUUUCUAGUCUUAUAAACAAUUAUAUAGGUUUCAGAACAAAGAAAGGACAUUCUUAAACACUAAUUUAUAUGUACAGAUAUUUUAUGUGCAUAUAUUUGGAUUUAAAGCAGUAUGAAAACUUUAGUGAUGACGGGAAUAGGGUGCUAUUGUCAUUGGUUUUCCGGGAUCAUUCACUAGUCAGUGAUGGAACAGCUGGUAUAAUUCAAGUUGCUGGAGUGAAAUACUCAGAUUGAAAUAUUCUUGCUUUGAACAGAACUUCUUAGAGUCUCUCACAUUUUCUUGGAGAUGGAAUUUGAGUCGGAACUGGUUAAUGUUAUUGCUGAAAUCCUGUAGUGCAUUCCUUUAAAGGGAACUCAAGAACCAUGAAAGCUGUUUUCACCUUAGUGCCAUGCCAUACUGAGCAAGAAAAUGUAGUUUUCAAAUAGUGAGGCAUAAAAUUACUGAAUUAAAUCUUUUUAAAAAAACUGGAACGUACCAUCAUAUUUUUCUUUCAUUUUAAUAUAUGGCCUCAUAAACAUGACUCAUUACUAAGUUGAAGAUACUUCUGAAAAUGUCAGCAUAAUGGAGUCUUUAAAUUUUUAAUAUUGGUCAGAGUAUCACUUUUAUAAUGAAAUGUUGAAGAGCAAAAGAAUUUCCUAUAAAAUAUCAUUGGUUAGAAUGCUGUUCUGAAUUAUAUUAUGCAACAUAGUGUUAGAAAGUGGAGAAGUACUUUUCUUACCUAGAACUUCUAAAGAAUUGCUACAAGUGAUCAUUUUAGAAUAAUUAUAAAUCUUCAUGAUUUUCUGUAUUUCUCUUAAACUCAGCCAUGGUUAAAGCCAGAAUCUCCUACCAUGAUAAGUAUUUAUUAUUUAAAUCUAGCUUUUAAAAAAGUAUUUUCUAUGGGGAUUUUGGAGGUGGGAAGAAUAGACAUUCACUUAAGUUAUUGAAAGUAUGUGCAAUGUUCUAAAUAUUAGCAGACAUUAGUUAAGGUAAUUUGGUUUGGUUAUUCAGCUUAAAUUUGAACUGUGGCUUAUUUCUCCCAUGUUGGUACACAUUUCUAAUUGUUUUAUAUGGUUUAAAAUUUCUGCCGUUAAAAAGACAUUCUGAUAAUUUACCUGACAUACAUAUUUUGACAUUCCAAGAAAUUUAUAUUUGUGUGUCAGUAUUGAAUUUUGGCCAGGGCCCAAUAUAAGAAAGCUACUGUUUUGAAAUAAAGCAAACUUAUUUUCCUUGGAUUGCAAUGCCAGUAUUUUUUUCUACCCCCACCCCCUUUAAAAAUAGUAGUUAAGAUUCUUUUACAUGUACUUUUUCAGAAUUCUCAAGCUAUCCUCCACCUCUAGGAUAGGUGAAAUUUGUUUUUCUAUCUUUCCCCACCACCUAUCUCAUCCAAUUUCUGGUUUUGCCACCUAACACAGUAUCUGAAGUGAAAUUCUUAAAGUAGUUCAACACUACAUUUGCUAGCUGCGACUCAAAACAUUAAGUAACAAUACAGUGUUUUGUCUUCUACGAUUUGGACUAGUCCAGGGGUACACUAUAUAUACAUGGUGAAUAUUUAGAUCAGAGAGCACUGAUCUUGAAAUUGCUCAUGGCUGGUAUAAAUGAGCCUAGCCAAAUUGCACCUUUUCUGUUUCUAAAAUGGGACUGACUCAGCUCAAAAAAACUUGAGGAUUAAUGAUUUUGAACUUCUGUCAAGGUAGACACACCAGUUAUCCCCACUUACAUAGUUUCACAUGGGGUUACUGUAGUUUCCAGUAAAAUGAUUUCUCCUAGGAUAUGUGGUCCUUGGCAUGUAGAAAAGGUGUCUUCAUAUGCACCUACUUGCAGUCUUGCGGUACGACUUACAAUCUUCAGUUUUGGUUGUCUCCCCAGGCACAGGCCCAUCUUUAGAAAAAUGCUGUCCUCAUGCUAUGUUAAGAAUUCCUAUGAAGGCUAUGUCCUAGUAAUGAAAAGGAAGACAUGAGGUAACACUAACAGAAGCAAAUACUUUGGAAAAACCACCUUUCUGAUAUCUCUAAAAAUAAAGUUCUCUAUGGGUUAGAAUCUGGCAGAUGGAAGUUUAAAUUUGGGGACAUUAACCUAAUAAAGUGAGUUCUGGGAUUGCCAGGCAGAAUGAGAUGCUUGGUUGUACAACAGAAUAUUGGUUAUGUCUUACUGUCACUGUAUUCUUUUUUUUUUUUUAAAGAUUUAUUUAUACAAGAACCAGGGUAUAGGCCAGAUGCGCGGGAGGGUGACAAGAUUUACCAGAGACAGAAUGGGGAACAGAACAGGCAGACUGACGAAAUACACUGAUGAGGGGAGCAGUGGGUGAUACAGGAGAGGUCUGCUGUGUCAUGUGGGAUUCUCACUGGCCGCCAAGGAUUGAACCUGUACUGCAGAGGCUGCGGACAGCUUCACCGUGCGGCGCUCAACCGCCUGCGUCACCAGGGAGGCCUCUAUUACUGUAUUUCUCAUGAAACUUCAGUCAAUCCUGAGACCACAUUCUUGCGUUCUUUCUCCUUUUCAUACUAGCAGCUCAGCAUUCUUCUAAGCUAUUCUGUUAAACCUAUUUCUUAAAAUUCUUAGUUUUUUUGAUAGGCUUUGUAAAUAGGUUAGCUCUUCAUUGGUACUAGUGUGAUCACUUGAGAUAGACAGGACAGGAGCAUAAUGAAGUAAGUACCUAGAGAGUACCUUUGAGAUUGCUGCCCUUAGUCUGCUCCAUGUGGGCUAGAAGCCUUAAUGGUCUCUUAACUAGAGCUUCUAAAAUUUUUCUCCUUUGGUAGAUUGUCCAGCUUUUUUCCAAAGGUCACUGAGACCUUUCACUAGGUUAGAGUAGAAUAUGAGUGUAAUCUAAACUUUGACAGGAAGAUAGCCCAAUUUAGUGUCUCCAUUCCAUACUAAAUGACGCUGACUAUUACAGGACAGUCCUUUCUAAUUGCGUUCUUCCAGCUAGAAAAGCCUUGAUUUCAGGAACUGAGAAAUUAAGAAAAACAGUCCCAUUUACAAGCACAUCAAAAAGAAUAAAAUGCAUAGGAAUAAAAGUAUAACCAAGGAGAUAAAAAAAAACCAACAACCCCAUACACUGAAAGAAAUUGAACACUAUUAAAUGGACAGGUAUUUUGUGCUCCUAGGUUAGAAUAAUAUAACCAAAAUGGUCAUUAAAGCAAUCUUCAGAAUCAACGCAAUCCCUAUCAAAAUCUCAAUGACAUUUUCCACACAAAAAAAAACAAAUACUAAAACUUUCAUGGAACUACAAAACACCCCAAAUAACCAAAGCAAUACUGUGGAAAAAACGAGUGUCAUCCUCUGACUUUAUAUGACAUAACUAGAGUCAAAACAGUAUAGCACUGGAAUAAAACCAGACAUAAAGAUCAAUGGAACAGAGCUGACAGCUCAGAAAUAAAACCACAUGUUUAUAGACAAUUUAUGACAGAAGACAAAAAUAUACAAUGGGGAAAUUCUCUUUAAUAAGUGGUGUUGGGAAAACUGGACCACUCUUGUACACCACACAAAAGUUAAUUAAAAAUGGAUUAAAGGGGCCUCCCUGAUGGUGCAGGGGUUAAGAUGCAACCUAUGAAGCAAUCUGCAGCCACUGCAGCACGCGUUUGAUUCCUGGCCGGCCAGGGGGAAACCCACAUGGCGGGACAGACCUCUCCUGUCUCGCCCACUGCUCCCCUCAGCAGUGUACUUCGGUCCGUCUGCCUGUUCUGUUUCCCCAAUCUGUCUUUGGUGAAUCCUCUCUCCGCCGCAUCUCUGGCCUGUACCCUAAUUCUUGUAUAAAAAUAAAUCUUUAAAAAAAUGGAUUAAAGAUUUAAAUAUAAGACAUGAAACCAUAAGAAAACACAGGCAGUAAUAAGCUCCUUGACAUCAACCUUACUAAUGUCUUUGUAGAUUCAAUCCCAGCAACAGUGGGAACAAAUGCAAAAAUAAAUGGGACUACAUUAAAUUAAAAAGCUGCACAGUGGAAAGAACAAUCAUCAAAAAGAAAAGGCAGCCUACUCAAUGGGAGAAAGUAUUUGCAAAUCAUACAUCUGACAAUAAUAUCUAAAAUAUAAAGCAUGCACAGAAAUCACCAACAAAAAGAACCUGAUUUAAAAAUGGCUAGAGUUUUGAAAAGAGAUCUCUCCAAGACCUACAUAUGGCCAACAGGUGUACAAAAAGAUAUUCACUUAUUAAAGAAAUGCAAAUCAAAAACGACAAUGAGCUAUGGCCCCACAUCUAGGAGAACAGCUAUUAUCAAAAAAGGUAAAUCAGAUGGAGAAAGACAUACACCAUAUAAUUCCUAUGGAAGAUAAUACAAAAGCAGCUGAUGACAAUAGAAUGGUCGUUCCUGAAAGGAAAGGAUUAUGGA